AUGUCAAGAAGCUCUUUGUCACUACGAAAGGCAGACUCCGAAGCCUCAAACGAACCAGCCGCGGAAUAUCCACCGGGGAUGUUACCGCCUAUCGGUGUGCCUGGAAACUUCCUUCGUCGUGUAAAGGAAGGAGAUGAGGAAGGCGGUCGACGGUCACAGAGUCUGCGAUCGAAGAGGCGACGCAAGCGAAUGACCAAUGCUGGAGGUCCUAUCAGCCAGUCAGCCAUUAUGCCCGCGAGACGUUCAGAAGUAACGUCUCCCGCCGAAGAAAAAGGCACACCUCCCGAAGAAUCAUCGCCAGUCCGUAAAGAUGAACGUCAAGAACAGGACCGCAUUGAACGAGAGGGUUCGCCACCACAAGCGGAGCGCGAUAGACAUGGUCGAGAACAUCAAAUUGAAGUCUAUCAAGAAGGCAACAAAAUAAUUAUAGAGGACGAGGAAGGAAAUGUUUUGAAGACUGAGGACAUUACCCAUGAGUCUGCGGAUGAACAGCGACGACAUAUCUUGGAAGAACACAAGAAACUUCAAGCCGACAAGUCUGGAGAAUACGCCAAAUCCAAGAGUCGACCACACGAGAAGACAGAAGGCGAAGAAAUUCAGAACGAAGUCGAAGAGACAGCUGGCCAUCCACACCGCACCUUUAGACAACGUUUUGGUAGCUGGGCUGGCUGGGGAAAACAGCCAUCUACGGAACCUGGACCAUCUACUGCCAAACCUGCAAAGCCACCCCGUCAAUCUGCGCAUGCCUACCAAUUUGGAGAUACCAUCAUUGUCGAGGAUGAAGAUGGCGAAGUUAUCAAGAAGUACACUAUUCCUUCUGCCGGCAAAACUGAAGACGCCGUGGUAGCUCAAGUCGCUGAAUCUCAGGUACGACGAGGUCUAACCAGAAUGGGUACUUGGGUUGGAAUGAAGGAGGGGGAGUCAUCCAAGACUGGUGCGCAGAAAGCUAGCCACAAAGAUGAUUUUGAUGUGGAUGACGGUUUGCGAUUCACUGUUGCUCAUGAUCCUGCUCUUGAAAGCCAAGGAGUGAGUGUCAAGGGAAGACGAAUGAGCAAGCAUGACUUCAUCAAGGAAAUCAGCAAACUAGACCCAAAGGCACGUCGCAAUUUGGUUGAAAAGUCCGAUGCACCACAGGUCGUCAAACAAGUUGCCCAUCAAGAAGCGGCCAUGCAGGAUAAAGUUCAAGAAAAGGCCAUGGUGGAAUCUGAAACUCAAACAUAUCCCACAACCAUGCUUGGAGACCCUGUAUCCGAUGAUUCUGACGAGGAAAUCGGCAGCGAUUCUGAGUCAGUCCGUGAUAUUCCCACCCAUGACGUCGCAGGUGCCUUAGCACAAUUCUCAGGAAACGCCCAAGAACGACGUCGUCGACUCGCAGAAGAAGAUGAGCAUAGGCCAUCAGCGAACGAAGAAGAGGGCGACUCCGAAGACGACGGCACAGAACGUAUCCCACCAUCUGUUCGUAAAGCCGCCUCUGGAAUCACCCCACGCCAACCGCAGCACGAUACCGACGACACUGGCGAAACACCCGCAGAACGAAAACGCCGUCUCGCCGCUCUGGGUGAAAUCGAAGAUUCAGACGACGAGAACGACGACGAAGAAGCCGAACUUGCCGGCCUGCCUCGCAGACCAAGAGCUGCCGUUGUGCGGGAGCCUACCGUUAGCGAAGAGGACGCAGAGGAGGAUGAUGUUGAAGAAUCACGCUAUGUUCGAAGCUCGAUUCAGUUUGCGGAUGGUACUCGUCCGUCUCGGGUUACUAGUGGGACGUCAGAGAGCAGCAAUGGCAAUGGCAAUGGCAGGAGUCCAUACGGUCACGGCAAUCGCAAUAGAAUCUCUUGGGGUGGAGAGCGUGGAAGACAUUAA